GCUCCGGCCCGUGGCCUCCGGGACGCUACGGCGCAGGGGAGCGGCUCGUGCGCGCCCCGGGCCCGGGUGUCGCCGAUGAGGGUGCGCCCCGCCCGCGCCCCCGCCGCCAGCCCUUGCGGGUCACGCCGUCCGGGCGCGGGCCGCCGCCUAAGGUGGAGAGGGGGUGCCCAGGGUCUUCGGUGACCCCUGGCCUGGGGGCUGGGCUUGCUUCUGGUCUCCCGCGACACUACGCGCCAAGCUGGAAUCUGGAAACAGCGCCUGCGUUUGGGGCUCAGGGCCGCGCCUGGGCUGGAGACGGGCGCAGGACCAUCCGAACCCGGGCAGUCGCCGCCCGAGCUGGAGAGGCGGCGCCCGGGGUCUGGGGUGGCCUCUGGAUGGGAGGCGGAGUCGCACCUAGGCUCGGAUGGACGCCUAGGCUGUGCGCUUGGGGGUCGUUUCUGCGGCGCAGAAGAGGGGUUGCGCUUGGUGUGGGCGGGUGGAGCUUGCAGUCCAUCUGGAACCCGAGAAGGGAGUUGCGCGGGAGUCGGGAGACCAGGUAUCUAAAGGAGUUUAGGACAGAGCAGUGCCCCCUGUUUUUGCAGCAUAAGUGCAGCCAGCACAGGCCGUUCACCUGUUUCCAUUGGCAUUUCCUAAAUCAGCGUCGGCGCAGACCGCUCCGACGGCGGGAUGGCACCUUCAACUACAGCCCGGACGUGUACUGCUCCAAGUAUGAUGAGGCCACCGGCCUGUGUCCCGACGGCGACGAAUGCCCCUACCUGCAUCGAACAACUGGAGACACUGAGCGCAAGUACCACCUGCGCUACUACAAGACAGGCACAUGCAUCCAUGAAACAGAUGCUCGGGGCCACUGUGUGAAGAACGGUUUGCACUGUGCCUUUGCACACGGGCCCCUGGACCUGCGGCCACCUGUGUGCGACAUCAGGGAGCUUCAGGCUCAGGAAGCCCUGCAGAACGGCCAGCUCAGCGGUGGGGAUGGUGUUCCUGAUCUGCAGCCUGGUGUCUUGGCCAGCCAGGCCAUGAUUGAGAAGAUCCUGGGGGAGGAUCCUCGGUGGCAAGACAGUAACUUCGUAUUGGGCAGCUAUAAGACGGAACAGUGCCCAAAGCCGCCACGCCUAUGUCGCCAGGGCUAUGCCUGUCCACACUACCACAACAGUAGAGACCGCCGUCGGAACCCCAGGAUGUUCCAGUACAGGUCUACGCCCUGCCCUAGUGUGAAGCAUGGUGACGAGUGGGGUGAGCCCUCCCGGUGUGACGGUGGGGACGGCUGUCAGUAUUGCCAUUCCCGUACGGAGCAGCAGUUUCAUCCUGAGAUCUACAAAUCUACAAAAUGCAACGAUAUGCGCCAAACUGGCUACUGCCCUCGGGGCCCCUUCUGUGCCUUUGCACAUGUUGAGAAAAGCCUGGGAAUGGUGAAUGACUGGAGCUGCCGUGAUCUCAACUCCAACAGCAACUCAGCUUACAGCAGCCAGCCUGGAAGUGCCAAAAGGAAAGACUCUCCCUCUGAAGGAAGCCAGAAAUCUAGUGAGGACAGCAAGCAGAACCACCUCGCUGUGUUCUCCGUGCUUCACCCGCUGGCCCCCAGCAUAAGCUCCAGUGUGGCAUCGAGUUUGGCAUCUAGCACUGGCUCAGGUAGCUCCUCUCCCACCGCUCUGCCUACCCUCCCUGCCCGUGCCCUCCCACUGGAUCCAGCUGGUAACACUGUGGAGGCAGUCCUAGGUUCUGCAUUAGAUCUCCAUCUUAGUGACAUAAAUAUUGCGUCCUUAGAUAAAGACUUGGAAGAGCAGGACCUUGGAUUGACAGGUCCCAGGUCGCUGGCAGGCUCAGCACCCGUCACCAUCCCGGGCUCCCUGCCCCGCUCGCCAUCCCUGCACUCGUCCUCCUCCCUGUCCACCUCCCCACUCAGCUCGCUCUCCCAGUCCCUGUCCGGGCCACUCGUCUCCUCGGCUAUGACGCCCCCCCAGCAGCCACCACCCCUCCGGUCGGAGCCGGCUACGCUGGGCUCUGCAGCCUCAUCUUACAACUCUUUAGGUUUGAACGGCGUCCCUGGGAGCAUCUGGGACUUUGUUUCUGGCAGCUUCUCUCCUAGCCCAUCCCCCAUUCUGAACUCUGGCCCUUCGGCUUCCUCAAGUGCAAGUCCAAACAGUGCUGAGCUGGCACGGGUCAGGCGACAGCUAGAUGAAGCCAAAAGAAAGAUCAGGCAGUGGGAAGAGUCUUGGCAGCGAGUGAAGCAGGCCUGUGAUGCCUGGCAGAGAGAGGCUCAGGAGGCCAAGGAGAGAGCCCGUGUAGCGGACAGUGACCGGCAGCUGGCCGUGCAGAGGAAGGAGGAGGUGGAGGCCCAGGUGAAGCAGCUGCAAGAGGAGCUAGAGGGCCUGGGUUUGUCCUCACUGCCAGGGCUGCGGAACUUGGGUGACAUCAGCGACAUCCCUCUCCCCAAGCUGCAUUCCCUGCAGAGCCAGCUGCGCCUGGACCUGGAGGCCGUGGACGGGGUGAUCUUCCAACUUCGUGCCAAACAGUGUGUGGGCUGCCAGGAGAGGGCCCAUGGCACUGUCCUUCGGCCCUGCCAGCACCGUGUCUUAUGCGAGCUGUGUGCAGCCAGUACCCCUGAGUGCCCCUACUGCAAGGGCCAGCCCCUCCCAUGGUGAUGAGAACCAGACCCAUUCCUUCCCUGGUGAGCAGUGCAAAGGCCUCAGCAUGCCAUGUGCUACUACAGUGUCGAAACUGGCCUCCAGUACCACCCACCAGGAUGUGAGUUCAUGCCCACUGUCCACCAGCCUUUCAGAUCACUUUUUCUUCCCUACUAUGUCCUACCAAUGGUGUCAGGUAUUCUCAGAAAACCUCUGAAGCACCACCAAACCCACUGCCUGUCCCAUGGGAGGGUGGCAUGUUUUUGGUGCCCCCAGUCCUUGACACUGCUGUGGCCAGGCCAGUGGGAGGUCAGGCCUUGUCAAAGCACUUUGUAAACCGAGGAAUUUAGACAUUAUAAAUUGUAUAAGCUGCUUUCUAGGUCCAUGUUUUUUAAUAUGCGAUAACAUGAAGCUUUAUAAGUGUACUGUGAA